AAAGAAGAGAGCUUUCAACAGGGCAAUAAGAUCAAAUUGACCAGCAAAAGAAAAGAAGAAGAAGAAGAGAAAUACAAGGCUGAGAAAUGGCUGCUAACCAAAGGCCUGUUGCUAAUCCUGCGUAUGAAAAUUUCGAACCAUCCACCGAAUGGGAAGGAGAACCUACAGCUGAUGUCUUGAACGUCUUUCUACCAGGUUUCAAAAGGGAGCAGCUGAAGGUUCAAGUUACUUCAACAAAUAAACUGAGAAUCUCCGGAGAACGCCCGAUUGGGAUCAACAAAUGGAGUCGAUUCGAGAAGGAACUGCAGAUUCCUUCCAACUGUAACACCAAUGAAACAAGUGCUAAAUUUGAGAGGGGUACACUCUCCAUCAAAUUUCCCAAAAACAUCGCUCCUGCAGCAGAAACACAAAAACCAACAGCAGAGGCACCAAAGUCACAAGACCAGUUACCAAAACAAGAUUCAAAGCCAAAGCCCCCAACAGAGGCUCCAAUUCCUCAAAACCCACCACAAGAAAAGCCCCAGCCACCGCAAGAAAAGGUGCAGCCACCGCGAGAAUCAGUUCCAAAGCCCACAAAUGAUCAGACACCACAAGCACCAGAAAACAAGAAGCAAGAAGAGGCUGUCCUUCAAGAAGCUGUUUCAAAGACUAGCAUUGACAAGCCAAAAACUGAAAACAAUGUUCCAAAGAAGGAAGCAGAGGAGAAGAAGAAGAAGAAGAAGGAAUCACCAAGUGAUCAUGGGAAGAAGAAAAGUAGUGAUGUUGAUUCAAUCAACAGAAAUCCUGCAAAGAUUGACAAGCCUUCAUUAGCACAAAAGGAUAAGCAGGGUCUUGGUGGGUUGAUGGUGGAGAUGAAGAAGCCAAAGAAGCUGAUGAAUAUGGUGGUGGUUGUGUUGUUCAUUGUGGUGAUUGUGCUGUCUGCAAAAAGUGCAAUUAGGUCCUUGGUGAAAUCUAACACAACUGAAACCAGUUCUUCUGAUUAUCAAGCUUAGGAUAGGUAUCAUAUUAUUCACAUGUAAUGGAGAACCAAAAGAGGAAAUAAGGGGCUUAAUUCACUAGUCAAUUCUGGCUAGAUUAAUAAAAAUCCCUUUGAGAUUAAUAUUGGUUUGUUGAAAUAAACUUCUCACACAAUAGUGGAAUAUGAAAAUUUAUAUAUAUGGAAAUGGUAUCAGCAUGAACAUCUUAUAUUA